AUGAACGAAGUACAACAGGCUUGGGAUGCGUGGCAGGCAGCAACGCCGCCCGCGACAAAAGAGGUACAGAAUUAUACCAAUGCCUGCCUGGAUUGGCAAUCCACGCUGGGCCUGUCCAAGGCAGAGGUGCAGCAGACAGACGUCACAGCGAUCUGGACCUUUGCAACGCCAGCGCUACGUGCCUGGCGCGAAGCGGAAUCCACAUUGGAUCCUAAGACGCAACGCACAGAACGGUACCAUGCUGCUGAGAUGGUUCGGAGCACGAUGGGCAUCGUACGCAAUCUUGCUAUAUCUGAAGCGCAUACCACGGAAGCCUUACGCCACUGGGACGAUAUCCAGGCGACUUUGCAUAUGUGCCUGACGUUUGAGCGCAUGUCCGACCCCAUUUUGAUCCCUGCCAUUCGUGUUAUGGCGCAGUGCCUUACGAACUGGAUCACAGGUCACGAUGAGGCAAAAACAAUGCUUUGGACAGCCUGCGUCGUACCUCCUGCCUCGACGUCCUCACUACAGGUGAUUCACCGCUUGCUCUCGAGCUCGGACGAACGUACCUCGUUGGCAGCCCUUGUGUUCCUCCUAAAUGCCCUGAUUGGCCACCAUGAGCGCUUCCGCGACUUGUUCGAUACAGAAGCAGGUGGUCAGAUUAUGGACGUGGUGAUUCAUAUGUACAGCCCAUCGCGAAUGGACGACUACAGUGAUGUCAUCGAUAUCAUUCUCGCGAUCGCGGACGGAUUCUUUGAGGCGGGUCUCGCCGGCGCUUUGUACGCCAAGAUGGGACCCUUGGACGAUGUGACGACCUCUCAAAUUACCUGGAUACAUAUACUAGCGUCAUGUCAGCACGAACUUGUCCAUAAGGACGUGGCGCGGCCCUGGAAAACCACCGCGGAGCCCUUGGUGGAGAGUAUGCUGUUGCUCACAGAGCAGGCCAUAGCCGAGAUGAACAAGGCAGUGACCAAGUCGGGCGAAGUGAAUCAGUCGAUCCUCGUUCGCUCGUACUUGGGCCUGCUGGGCCUGCUGGACUGCUUGCAUGCGUCGGGCAUGCGUGGCCAAGAAGCGGUAGGGACCAAGACACAGACAGAUACAGAGGCCGUGGCUCUCCUGGCUCAUAUGCGCACAGCAGGCGUCGUGCCUGCAUGUGUACGUUUGCUCCACGAGACCAACUUGUACAAGCCGCCCGUCUCACCGUUCCAGCCGGCCCUGGCAGGCCUUCAGCCGCCGGAAGGGCAUGUCCUUUCAAGCUUGCACACGACACAGAGCGAACACGAAAUUUACGCGGAUUCUUCGAUGCCGCACUUGAAACGUGCCACGUUGCAACUGCUCGGCACACUCGUCUUUCAUCCAGAACGAACAUCGACACUCCCACCGCACAUCAAGGCCGUGCAAGAUGAAGUGCGUGAGUUGGGCGGCUUGUACGACGUACUCUCGCUCACAGCGCUGGACGAAUUGAAUCCUUAUAUUCGCGAGCAUGCUAUCUUUACACUACGUUACUUAUUGGAAAAGAACGACGAGUCCCAGGCCCAAGUUCGUCAGCUACGCCCCGUGCCACUUUGA